AGGAGUAAAACUCUCGAUUGAGAAGACCCGCAAACCCGGAGAACCGCCGACCCGAUUCUAUACCCCUCAGGUUUUAGCAGGUACCUGACCCGCUGCAGGACUCUAGCAUGCGCAGUAGAAUGAAAUAGCUGACCGCUCUACUACUCAUGCACAGUCGCAAGACGAAAGAAGCCGCCGGAAGAGGAUCGCUCCGUGGUACUCGCUGGAAUAACCCCUGAUAGGAGCACCGGCCCGGGGUUUCAGGAGAGAGCUCGUCUCAUGCGGCUGCUGCUCUGCGGUGCUGCCUGUCAGUCACAUUAAAUACAGAGAAGGAGGAGAAUAAAGAGGACGAGGCUGUCGGCGGAACAGGUAUUGCAGAAGCCAGAAUGUUUUCUCCAAACCUUGCGACUUUCCUCGGGUUAUUGACCCAAUUGGUCUUGAAUUGCCCUACUGCUCUUGGAACAGACUUCCGAUCUGCUUUCUCGGUUGCCCGCACCAGCAGCAUGGAAGGGGGCCCAGAAAUGGUCAUCACUUUUGACAAGGUCUACGUGAACAUCGGUGGAGAUUUCGACCCCAAGACUGGUACGUUCAGGUGCAGGAUUCCAGGGGCAUAUUACUUCUCCUUCACCGUUGGGAAGUUCCCCAAGAAGAACCUUUCGGUCAUGCUGAUGAAGAAUAAGAACGAGGUCCAGGUUAUUGUUUAUGAUGAGGAUCAUCACAAAGAGAGGAAAGUAGCAAGUCAGAGCGCCAUGCUGCAACUGGACUAUGGGGAUACUGUUUGGCUUCGUCUUCAUGGAGACCCCAAAUAUGCUAUCUACAGCAACAUUGGGCCCUACACAACUUUUAAUGGAUAUUUGAUUUAUCCAGACGUGUCCUCCACCUACCAAAGUACCAACGACCUUUACACGAUGCAGAACAAUGGCGGAGUCCAGUUUUUGCGAGGGCCGGUUUUAGAGGCCAACAAAGGCAGUCACACGUCUGCUGACCACCCCUCUAUAAACCCAGAUCCUAGGUCUGCAUUCUCCGUUGCCCGCACUGAAAGCAUUGUAGGAACCGAAGACGGAAAAACCCAACAUCAAGCCAUCACCUUUGACACUGAAUUUGUAAAUAUCGGGAAAGAUUUCAAAUUGUCCUCAGGGGAAUUUCAUUGCAGGGUGGCGGGAGCCUAUUACUUUGCUUUCACCAUAGGAAAAAUGCCCUACAAGACUAUGUCCGUCAAGCUGAUGAAGAACCAGAAUGAAGUGCAGGCCAUGAUUUACGAUGACAGCGAUUCCAAGAAGCGAGAGAUGCAGAGCCAGAGCAUGAUGCUCUCGCUCCAUUAUGGAGACACCAUCUGGCUCUACAGCCACAGUCAUGAAGGGUAUGGGGCCUACAGCAAUCAUGGGAAAUAUAUCACUUUCACUGGGUUUCUUGUGUACCCGGAAAUGACUCCCAAACAACAUGCGCCCGCCACCAAUCAGAAAUUAGAAGAGAUCUGAGCAGGACAAAAACUGGUUUCUAGUCUCCAGUGUAGGAGAUGUAGGCUAGUCCUUGUCUGUUGAGCAUGUUGUACAUAAUCUUUGUCUCUGUCUUGAACUCUGCAUGCCGGUUGUACUGGGUGGGAGAGAACCAGUCGCCCAGUGAUGAGACAAUUAAGUGUGGAAUGAUUUUUUCAGAGUUACAUUAAUGUGGGUUAGACAGUUGGGGUGGGAUUACUAACACCAUGUAAAGGCUAAGCAAUACUGGAUGGUGGGUGGGUGGUUGAUGGGAAUAUGGCAGAUUUUAUAUGAAAAAUGUGGCAUCUCCUUUUAAUCAGCAAUAAACAGGAGGUCAAUGCAAGAACUAAA